AUGACCAAGAAUUCUAACAUGGGUCGUCAAAGAAUCACAAUGGCAAAAAUAGCAAAGAAGAACCAUCUACAAGUAACAUUCUCCAAGCGUCGUACGGGACUCUUUAAGAAAGCUAGUGAACUCUGCACACUUUGUGCGGUUGAUGUUGCGAUAAUGGUCUUCUCCCCUCGCAAGAAGGUUUAUUCUUUCGGACAUCCUCGAGUUGAAUCCAUCGUGGACCGGCUUCUCACCCGGACCCCUCCUCUCCGAAGCUCGACUGCUCACCAGCUGUUCGAAGCACAUCAAAAUGCUAGUAUCCACGAGCUUAACAUCCGAUUAACUCAGCUUCUUGAACAGCUAGAAAUCGCGAAAAGGAGGGGAGAUGCACUUGAUAACAUUAGGAAAGCCGGGCUGAACCAGUGUUGGUGGCAGGCUCCCAUUGAUGAGCUCGGCUUGAAUGAGUUAGAGCGACUGAGAAUUGCACUUGAAGAGGUAAAGCAGAAUGCAGCCAAGCAAGCCAACAAGGUUUUGCUUGAGUCUGCUGAUCACAAACGUUGGCAAUUUCUAGCAGUCAAUGGUACCGGACAUGCCAAUCCUUUUGAGAACAAGGACAAUGGCAUCUGCAGAAUUAUUGAUCAAGCUUAUGGCUAUGGUGAUGGGCUGUUUUGA